UCGAAGCAUGCGAUAUCGCACGACAUGUAUGCAGCAGUAUAUAAGGUAUUUUGGGAGGAAAAGAAUAACACGCCAGGAAUAAAAAUAAUGCAUAACGUGUUUUGGCGUCCGCUGGCACUUCCAAAAGACCUUCAUCGUAGAACUUUAGGGAUCGGCCGUCUGAAAAGAAAAAGGUUGAAAAAAUUAAACAAUGCCAUGAGAAGGGUAAGAUCUGAUAUGGAAGAAAUAAGUGACGAACAAAAAAAGAUAAGAGACGGGCAAAGGCAAGUACGAGAAAAAUUUGAAGCCAUCGAAUUGGAAUGUGAGCAGCUUCGAAAAGAGACUAAACUCAUAAUGCAGCAGAGCCAGAACACGCAAAUCCGCCUGGCUUUCAUGUUCCAAAUCCUGAAAGCCAGAGAAAACCAAGAGUUUGACAAGGCAGCCAAACUCACUGUUGCUCUCCGUGAACUGAUAGCCGGAAAGAAUCAGCAGAAGCAUGCUCAAAUGCCCAUAUAAGCCAACGUUUCCUCCAAUGCAAGAAGCAUUUUAUAUAAAAGUUUGUGUUCAAAAAUUAAUAAACUAAAAUGGUUAUUGUAAUGCACAUUUUCGUCUUUAAAUUGAAUAAUUUUGUGUUCUUAAACUUUAAGUUUUCACAGUUAUAUCAAAAUGGUUCAAAUGAUAACUUACAGGACCAAGCUACCGCCAACUUUAUUGCUCACAGAACUUGUAAAGUUUUACCGAGUAAUAAAGCAAUCGUAUGUAGGGGAAAAAACCCAAAAAAAAAAUACAAACAAAC